CAGUCGAUCAGACAACAACGUCGACGUCGUUGACGAUGCUGCGCCAGUUUUAGUUGCUUUUUGUACGCGUCGCUGGCAGGUCGACGUCGGCGUUACAACUCAUACAGCGUUGAUGUGAACUCGAACACGGAUCUCUCGCUCUAACUGUGUUCGAACUUCGCCUUUGCUCGCUCACGCAAACGAGCUGAAUUUUUGAAACCAACGAAUAUCGAAAUAUUCUAAAAACAAUAACAAUUCAAACGCGCACCUCGACGCAACAACGCAGCGCGCUGCGCAUAAACGUAAUGCGCUCUUUUUGAUAUUUUCGUACAAGGAACAGCAGUUUACGGUUUUAAUAUUUGCCGUUUGUUAUAUUAUUUUGUUUAGUGCAAGUGAGAGACAUACAUACAUAAAAACAAAUAUAUACAUAUACAUACAUAUAUUUUUUUCUCGUGACUUAAGCUAUGUGCUAGUAUGUGUGUCUGUGUGGUGUAAUUUACAGCAAAUGCAGUUUGCCAAAAUCUAACGGGGAGAAACGAAUUAAGGCAGUGCGUGCAUUUUAAGCUACACAGCAAGAGAGCGCGCGACAACGUGAGAGAGUAGAGCGCGUGCGAAAGAGAGCAAAUUUAUACGGCAUUACGUACAGAGAAAAGCUGCUGCAAAUCCUUUUCGUCUGCAGUUGAUGAAAAUGCGAUAGAGAGAGAAGCAGACAAAAGAGAAAGAGAGCGACAGAAAAGCGAUUAUAAGCAUUAAGCUGAAUGACAACGAUAAAAAAAAUACAGAAAAGCUUAACUAUGCGGCAACAGCUGCUGCUGGCAAUAUUGCUAAGCGCCAGUUCCAUCUGCAUGGUCAGCUCCAGUUCCAGUUCGAGCAACGACAAGCUGCUGGGCAUUUACUUUGAGCGCGCUCCGGAGUCGGCGGUGGCGCCCAAGGGCGAUGAGGUGGUCUUUGAAUGCGAAUUGAAUCUGAAGCCAGAUCGCUUGGAGUGGCGCUUCCGGCAGAGCAGCACGGCAGCGUAUCAGCAGCUGCCUGCUGGGGCAGGAUACAAUGUGACCAAUAGCAUGGAUGAGCGCAGCUGGAAGCUGAAGGUAUUCGUCAGCGCCCAGACCUUGGGUGACUAUCAAUGUGUGGCCUGGUAUGGACCUGGUGCGCUGGCCUCGACGCCAGGCAAACUGCAGCUCGUCAGCAUAUCGCUGGACAAGAGCAAUGCCAAUCCAGGCUAUGGGCGCAAUGCCAUAAGCUGGAGCGUGGCGCCCAAGAACUGUGUCCUGUUGCGUUGCGGCGCCGUCAUCUCGAAUCCGCCUGCCAUUUGGAGUUUCUAUCGCAACGGCGAGAAGCUGCCGCAGACGGAGCUGCUGCCAGCGGCAGCAGGUGCAUUGGUUCUCAGCUCGGUGAGCGGCAAGGAUGCGGGCAAUUAUAGUUGUGCCGCCACCAAUGCCAUCACAGGCGUUGAGUUGCACUUGCCACAGUCCAUAGAUCUGCGUGUGGAGUAUACGGAUCGCAGGCCGCCUGCGUUUCUACUCAAGCAGCCGGCCACGCAGGUCUCGGCACGUCCUGGCGACACUGUCGUGCUGGAGUGUCCUGGCGUUGGCUCGCCGCCGCCCAGCGCUGUCUGGAGCAGUCCCAAUGUGCCCAACAUCUAUCACAAUCGCAGUCGUGUGCUCGCCUAUGGCCUGCAGCUCAGCGAUGUGCGUCCCGAGGAUCAGGGCUCCUAUGUCUGUCGCCUGGACAACGGCAUCAAGCCUGUCCUGGUGCUGGUCAUCAAGCUGAGCGUCUUGGAGCGUCCACGCAUUUCGCUUGGUCCGGCACCCACGCUAACCAAUGAGGGUGAAUCCUUAACCCUGAACUGCUCGGCUCAAGGACAUCCCCAGCCGGAGAUCUAUUGGCUCCUGAAUGGCAUGGAUGCCAGUGUGGAUAAUGAGACGCUUGUCGAACCGGGACGUUUGGUCAUUCAACAUGUCCAGAAGAGACAUGCGGGCGUCGUUCAAUGCUUCGCCAAAAACCAACUGGGCGAGACCAGCGAGGGCAACAUGCUGCGCGUAAAUCCGUUGGAGGUUGACGGCGAUAAUUACCAAACGUUGGGCAAUGUGCCCAUGCGAUCCGCACAUGAACAGAGCUAUGACUCCAAUGGCUUGGCCUCGUCCUCCGCUUCGUCGGGUGGUGGCUCAAGCUAUGGACGCGGCAAAGGCAAACGUAAAUUCAUGAGAGUUGCGCAAAUGGUGCCGCCUUCGAGGCCCAAUGUUACGCGUCUUGCCGAUGAUGCUGUCAUGCUGCGCUGGAAUGUGCCUAAGAAUGAUGGCUUGGCCAUACAAUUCUUUAAAGUGCAGUACCGCAUGCUGGGCGACAGCUAUCGAAAAAUACCCCGUGAAAAUUGGCAAACGACAAAUGAAAAUAUACCUUAUGGCCGGCAACGCGAGCAUCAUCAUGAGCCAAGCGUCAAGAAUUUCACAUCCUCCGUAACAGGACUGCGACCGGAUAGAAAUUAUAGAUUUCGCAUAAUCGCAGUGUAUUCCAACAACGAUAACAAGGAGGGCAAUACCUCAACCAAGUUCUUUUUGCAACGCAGUGGUGGCAAGUCAAAUCUACCUGUGCCCAAGCUGCUAGAAGUGGAAACCUACUCGGAGUCAGCGGUGCUGCUGCAUUGGACGCUGCUGCCCGAAUCCAGCCAUAACAUAGAUGGUUACUAUGCCUACUAUCGGCCUGCGGCAACAGCAGCAGAAUAUCUUAAGGCGACGGUAGAUGGUGCACAGGCGCGUAGAUUUAAAAUUGAUUUGCUGGAACCGGGCACAGCGUACGAAUUCAAGCUGCAGAGCUUCAAUGCGCAUGCCGCUUCCGAUUUUAGCGAGAUAAAACAGGGCCAUACCAAGAAGUUCAACAGUCAUGGCUCUGCGUCUAGCGCGCCCACCACAACAACUGUAUCAAAGGAUGCGCUCAAUCCUCAAGAGAAUUCUAUAUAUCCCGUUAUAGCUGGAGCUGCUGGUGGCGGCAUUUUGCUACUCAUUGCCACCGUGGUUGCCUGCCUUUGUUUGCGUCGACGCAGCAGCGCACAACCUGACACUGAAAACAAACCGCAAUUGGAUCAUAUACAAGCGGACUUUGUUACCUCUGCCGUCUUGGGCGUGGGAACAACGCAUCAUAAUCACAAAUCCGGCGAUGUUCGUAGAUUAAAUGGUGUUAUUCCACGCAUGAACAUAACACCAAAUCCUUUGGCACAAGACUCUAGCGCUGAUAAGAAUCGCAAUGUCAUGGAGCUGCGCUUUCUGCCGCCCAAUGGCGAACCACUGGAAUCACUAAGAGCCGCUGAGGAUGCAGCUGUAGAGAGAGCAGCUGAAACGGAAACCGAGAACGAGGCAGAUGAGAAUGCAGCCAACAAGGCGUCAUCUUCCUGUGAGACCUUGGAGGCCUGUGAGCAGCAGCAGCCAACGAACCACAAUGUGGUAGCUGCUGCUGCCGCGGCGUUGCAUCAGCCAGGACUGCAUCAUGCUCAACCCUAUCAUGCGCCAGCGACGCCGACGAUGCUGCCCAAGCGACACCCCAAUGCAACACCACCGCCACCGCCCGUGCCACCGCAUGCCGCCUACUAUCAGCAGCCGUCGCCGCUGCUGGAGCAACAGCGCCGCACCUUGGAGCGCAGUGUGCGCAGCCUGCAACAGCAGCAGCAACAACAGCAGCCGUUGGGCUUUGCCUUGGAGGAUGCACUGCCGUCGCUGCGACGUCAACGACGCGCCUCCAGCAGCCAGCAUAACAACAACAACAACAAUAAUAAUAAUAACAAUCAUAACAACAACAACAACCACAGCAGCAGCAAUAAUAAUUUAUCGCAACAACUGCUGCUGCAACAUGUGCAGCAAUUGCAGCAUGCACAACAUCCACAUCCGCAUCAUCACCCACAUCAUCUGCUGUCCUCCAGUGGUGUUGGCAUACCCAUUGUGCCAGGAAGUCCGCGCGUGCAACGCUCGCCCAUGCCGGCUCGUGCUUUGAUCAAAAGGACACGCCUCGGCAGUCACACGGACAACAUAUCCUCCGGCAGUCUCAACAGUAUUGAGGUGUAAACACAGCAACAACUCUAUUAAUUUAAUCCUUUUUUUUUCUAAUUUAUUUAUAUUUGUAUUUAGCCUUAUUUAUUAAAUUUAAGCUUAAGCCGCACUUCCUUACUUACAUUAUAUCCUUUUAAGUUGUAAGUUUUAACUAUUAACUGUAAUUAUUGCCUGUAACAUGCACAGAACAUGUCGUAGCACGCAUCAAUUUGUUUAAGUUAGUUUUAAUUUUACAUUUAAGCUCCUUCAACCGAC